GAUUGAGCACAAAGAACCCACUGGCACAGUCAGCCGGUGGCUAUAGAAGCAGGGAGAUGAUUCCAAGAUAUACAACGUGAAUACAGAUUUCGUGCUUGGAGACUACGCAUUUGGUGGCGUCGAACAUUCUUCAGGCUUGAUGUGCAAAUGACGAAUGAUACAUUUUAGAGGCAAUGCCAUGUCGACAGUCCGUUUGGAGAUCAAAUCCCUUGUCCUCACUAUCUUCUCAGCUUCGUUACGAUUUAUUCAUGCCUUUUAAUUGGCUGAUCGCCGCCGCAUUUUUCACGCUAGGGGUCCAAAGUAAUGAACUUCAGAAAUUAUCUAAUACUACGUAUCUCCUUGACACUCUGCUAUCAGAAGAUAAUUACGACAGACAAAUUCGUCCAGGAAUCGGUGGGCCUCCUAUUACGAUUCAGACAGACAUAGAAAUUAGAAGUUUUGGUCCAAUAUCGGAAUCAGAACGGGUAUAUUCAAUGGAUUGUUAUUUUCGUCAAACUUGGUUUGACUCAAGACUGAAGUUUUUCUCCCAUAAAGAUGUAUUGUCAAUGGACUGGAAAUUUCUUCAAAAAGUUUGGAUACCAGAUACAUAUUUUUUAAAUGGAAAAAGCUCAUAUCUUCAUAAAAUAACCGUUCCAAACAAAUUCAUCCGCCUUCGUAAAGAUGGUCAGCUUAAGUAUUCCAUGAGGUUAACUGUUAAAGCUAGCUGUCCGAUGCAUCUUCGCAAGUAUCCUUUAGAUACUCAAGCAUGCCCUUUAGAAAUCGGAAGUUAUGCUUAUCCUUCUCAAGAUGUGCUGUAUUCCUGGAAUGGAGAUAAGGCUGUAGAAUUAUCUAAAGAUGUGGUUUUGUCACAGUAUGAUUUUGUAAAUAUAUCGCAAUCAAACCGCACGAAUACUGUGAAAGUUGGAGGCAGAGAAGAUCACAGAUCUAUAUUAGUAGUCUAUUUUGUGAUUCAAAGAAGAAGAGGGUAUUUCAUUCUUCAAAUAUACGCACCAUGCGCAAUGAUUGUGGGAGCAUCUUGGGUGUCUUUCUGGAUCAACAGAAGUGAUGCUGCUGGACGAGUAGCUGUUGGAGCCACAACUGUGUUGACAAUGGUAACGAUGGGAUUUGGAGGUCGAGGUAGGGAGAAAGUUGGUUCCGCCACAGCCAUAGAUUGGUUUGUUAUUAUGUGCUUCACAUUUGUAUUUGCUGCCUUAGUAGAAUAUGCGUUUGUCAAUUUUAUCGACAACUAUGAGAAACAACAAAUUAAAAGACAGAUGGAAUUAGACAGGGAGAAGAAAAAGAAAGAAGAAGCUAUAGGAACAAUUGCCGAACCCCCGGAUGCUCAACAGCCAAGUAGUAGUUUCGGUUCUGUAAGAUUUCAAGAAGUAAGUGAAAAAGCUACUCAUGCAAAAAACAAUGGCGAAUCUCUUCGCCAGCAGCAAAUGCAAUUGCAACAGUUGAUGCAAGGGCAAAGGCUAACAUCAUUACGGCGAAGACCUUUCACAAGUGGUAGACUUUCUUUAGAAAAAAGCGCUUACAGAAAUCGCCAUAUAGCAAGUAAAGUUGACAGCUAUGCUCGAGUAUUAUUUCCUGUUACAUUUCUGCUUCUCAAUGUGAUGUAUUGGACAUUAUUUUUGCUCGUUAUGGACGACGAAAUAGUUGUUUCAACGCAUCCAGAAUAUUCCUCUGCUUAAAUUCUUACAAUUAUUUUACACAAGGAAAGUAAUAUAAUUUUUUUUUAUCUUUCAUAACGAAAAUUUUUAAUAUAUAUUUCGAUUAUUAUAUUUUUCACUUUAGCUGCUUAUUUCUUUGCAGAAACUAUUUCAAAAUCGAAAAAGAAAUCUAAAUUUUUAUUGCAAGCUAAACCAUGGACGUGAAGAACUGUAAAGUAGCUACAUUAAUAUUAAAAAUAAAGGGUUUUAUCUUAUUGAAAAGCACAGCAAAGUUAAGGUAGGGAGAAAACCCCAAAAGAUGAAUAUAUAAGGAGUUUUCUCCGUGAAAAAAGAGCUAAACAAAAAUGUAGCAAAUGACCAAUAUAUGGAUCAUAAUGAACUUCUCAAAUAUCACAAUAGGUAAAAGAAUAUCAAUCGCAUUUUAUUUUCAUUUUCAAAAUGUUUCAUUAUUCCCAAUUAAUAUUCCAUGUUUAGCUUUAGAAUCUAACUUGCUUGACACAGAAAUAAAAUAUUAAAAAUAGUAUAAUAAAACUGGUAAAAAAUGACAAGUGUGUAAUAACAGAAUUUUUGUAAAGUUUUGAUAAAAAUUAUAAUUUGAGAACUUUUAACCGCGUCUAGGUCAUUUCGCAUUUGUAGCACACAUUUUGUAUAUUUAA